AUGCUCAUCCAGCACUAUGCAGAGCUGAUGGAGCUGGCUAAUCCAGAAGAAAAACCCAAAACAACAACCAAAAAAAUGUUAACUCUUGUAGUAGUCUUGAGUGUUACAGUAUCCAUGCUGGGAAUCCAACAAACGUAUGCCAUCAGAAGGAUAAGAGAUGCCUUCAGAGAAAACAAGAAUAUAAAGGAUUCUGAAAAAAUAGAAGAACUACUGAAUAAAGCCAAAACAAACCUAGAGGUUAUUCACCGGCAG